AUGGCUAACUUUAUCCCGGAAGAAGAUAGGGAAGCUAAGGCUACAGAGUUCGAACAGCUCAAGCAAGGGAAUAAAAGUGUGCAAGAGUACUACAUGGAAUUCAUAUGGUUGGCUAAGCAUGCUCCUCACAUGGUUAAGACAGAAAAAGCAAAGAUUCACAGAUUUGUUGGUUGUUUGGCUUACCACAUUAAGGAUACGACAUCAGCUGUAGCAGUAGGAAUGACAGCUUUCUCCUCUAUUGCGGGAUUCGCCAAGUACUUAGAGAAAGAUAGACAACAAAGGAGAGAAGAAAAAGAGCAAAACAAGAAAACCCGGACAGCGGGCAGGUUUAAUGGUACAUCCAGCGGAGGUGGAGGGGGUUCCUCCAAUAAGGAGUCAUUAGCACCAGCUCAGGCCAGUCAUCAGUCAGGUGGUGGGUCUUCCUUCAGAUGUACUCAGAGUUAUAGAAACCAGUCUCGCCAGAAUCAGAAAUUUAGUACAUCAUCCUUACAUAGCCAGAGUCAUGCUAAGCAACAUUCACACCAACAAGGUUUUUGUGGAACAUGUAAGCGGCAAUAUUCAGCUACUGCAGUUGCACCACCUCAGGCUCAUGGUGCUCACAAUCAGACCGGGCAUGGGGUAGGUAGAGGUGCAGAUCGAGUUACUCAGGGAGGGAGACAACCCCGUUUAUUUGCGACACUUGAUCGUCAGAGUGCAGAGGCAUCUGCAGAAGUUAUUACAGGUAUACUUUUAGUCUGCUCACAUAAUGCUUAUGCCAUAAUGGAUCCAGGUUCAACAUUUUCAUAUGUGACUCCAUACUUUGCAAUUAACCUCGGGCUAGAACCUGAACAACUUAGUGAGCCAUUUCUAGUAUCUACUCCAGUUGACGACUUAAUGAAAGUCACAAGAGUCUAUAGAGGUUGUAUAGUUUCAGUCCAAGGCCGCAACACCGAGGCCGAUCUCAUAGAGUUAGAAAUGGUGGAUUUCGAUGUGAUUAUGGGUAUGGAUUGGUUGUCUUCCUGCUAUGCCAUGUUAGAUUGUCGUGAUAAGAUUAUCAGGUUCCAAUUUCCAAAUGAAGAAGUGUUAGAGUGGAAGGAUAGUUCAGCAUCGCUGGUAGGUAAGUUUAUUUCUUACCUUAAGGCACAACGAAUGAUCGGUAAGGGGUGUAUCGCCUAUUUGGCUCACAUCAUUAAUCCAGAAUCAGAACCACCAGCUCUUCAGUCAGUGCCAGUUGUUAGAGAAUUUCCAGAAGUUUUCCCAGAUGACCUUCGCGUACUUCCUCCUAAAAGAAUCAUAGACUUUGGCAUUGAUCUCAUGCCAGGCACUCAGCCCAUAUCUAUACCUUCUUACAGGAUGGCUCCAGCAAAACUUAAUGAGUUGAGAGAACAGUUGAAAGACCUUCUUGAAAAGGGCUUCAUCAGGCUGAGUGGUGAAAAGUACUUUUCUAAGAUAGACUUGAGGUCGGGGUACCAUCAGUUGAGAAUCAGAGAAGAAGAUAUAUCUAAAACGGCCUUUAGAACUCGCUACGGACACUAUGAAUUUCUAGUAAUGUCCUUCGGGUUGACAAAUGCUCUAGCUGCAUUCAUGGACCUCAUGAACAGAGUUUUCAAGCCAUUCCUUGAUACCUUUAUUAUCGUGUUUAUAGAAGAUAUUUUGGUGUACUCUAAGAGCAAGGAUGAGCAUGUCGAACACCUCAGGAUAGCCUUGCAGACCUUGAAGGAGAAUGAGCUUUAUGCCAAAUUUUCAAAAUAUGCACUUAGUAGGAAGUCAAUGGGUGUCUUGGCCUAUCUUGCAAUACAAAGGCGAACUUUGGGUCGAGAAAUUCAAAAACUGGCAAAUGAUGGAACUAGACUAGAUGAGACCGAAGAAGGAGGUAUAACUGCUUAUGCCUUAGCGCAAUCCUCUCUAGUUGCGCAUGUUAAGGUUAAGCAAGACAAAGAUCCGUACUUAUGA